CAUUCCUAGCCGUUGGAGCCACCUUCCAGUCUCAGUUCAACUUUAUUCACAGAGUUUCACAAUCAAAAUGCAGAAAGGCAUUUCAACAACCACAGUAAUGAAUGACAACAAUAACAUAGCCACUACUGAUGAGAAUCAGAACAUAAAUGCUGAUUCUUUCUGUUCUUUGAAACGGAAAAGACCCCCUAAGAUAGAGAUCCCCAGUUUGUUGUGUGAGAUUCGAGUGAAUUCAGAGCCGUGUUUCAAGAAUGAUGCAGCUGUCACAAAACAUCCCAUUUGCUUCAGUGGUCAUGGGGUCGGCCUUUUCUGCCGCAAAGGCAAGAAAACCAUCAUGGAGGAUACCCACAAAAUAAUUUCUAGCUCAAAUGUCAAAAGGGGGUUUUUUGGGGUAUAUGAUGGACACGGAGGGCGAAAAGCUGCAGAAUUUGUGGCAGAAAAUUUACACUCGUAUGUAUUUGAAAUGCUCGACAAUGGUUCCAGUACGACGAGAGAAAAAGCUAUUGAGGCUGCUUAUUUGAAAACUGAUCAGCGGUUUUUGAAACAGGGUUUGGGCAGUGGUGUUUGCUGUAUCACGGCGUUAAUUGAAGGAAAGGAGAUUAUAGUUUCAAAUUUGGGAGACUGUAGAGCGGUUCUAUGCAGAAGUGGAGUUGCUGAAGCCCUCACAAUAGAUCAUAGAGCUGAGAGGGAGGAUGAGCGGAAGAGAAUAGAGGAUAAGGGAGGAUAUGUUGAACUUCACAGAGGAGGUUGGAGAGUACAUGGUGUUCUCUCUGUCACCAGAAGCAUUGGAGAUUCUCAUUUGAAGGAUUGGGUACCAGCUAAACCUGACACCAAAACACUCAUUUUGGCACCAGAUAUGGAAUACCUUGUUUUAGCUUCUGAUGGUCUUUGGGAUGAGGUGGGCAAUCAGGAGGCUGUGGAUAUCAUAAUGCAGUAUUGUCCAAGGGAAAAGAGAAUGCAACUUCCAGUGGAAAAGGGAAAGGAAUUUUAUUGUUUAAGUAGAAGUCCUUCAAAGUUACGACGAGUUCCCAUAAUCAAGUCAAACAGAAGGAAAAGUCAUUCGCCGUGCUGUAAGAAAAGUGUCAACAGUGAAGAUGAAUUUGGCAAUGAAAAUGAAAGUCCUCCGAAAAAGGCAAGGCGAGUUUCAACAAUGAACCAAACAAAGAUGAUGAAGAUGAAAAUUCAAGAAAAGAGUGGUUUGAACAAGAAGCAACCAUCCAAUGCGCUUGUGGCUGCAUGCAGAGAACUUGUAAACCUAGCUGUGUCAAGGGGUAGUUGGGAUGAUAUCACUGUAAUGAUAAUCGAUCUGAGUCACUUCAAAUGCUAGUUUAGUACUGUUAGUCCGGUCAUCCUUAGGAAGAUUUAGUUGCAUAUACCUCAGAGAUUAGCCCUGACAGAUGAUUCUUUAAUUCUUUGAAUAAUCAUGUAUGACAUAACAAAAACUAUAUGAUUUAUCUAUGAAAUUGUGGAAUAAUAUGGGAUGUGUUCUGUUUA